GCCCUCCUGCAGUGUGCUCCUGUGGUCCUCUUCUCUCUCCUGGGAAGCAUCCCUGGUUUUGAGCCCCAGGGGGCUCACUCUGAACUUGCUUCCCUUUGCCAACCGAUCGUUAAAGACAUUGAACCAAGUAGGUUUUCCGGGAGCAAGGGGUGUCCAUGUCUAGUUCAUUCAGUCAUCCAGCGAAGUUGUUACUGGCCACCUGUCCUAGGCAUGUGAUAAAAAAGCAUCGACCAACUGAGCGGGGCAGAAGGAUGGUUCCCCGGGCGGGUCUGGAAAUGGAUGGCUUUGGGGAGCUCAAGAGACCCAUUUUCUCCGACCUCGUCACUGGGUCCAGCUGCUCCCCGGAAUUUCUCCAGCCCAUUCUCACAGUCGGGGCUCAUUCGGAGCCUUACUCCUGGUUCUCCUGCCAGUAGCCCACAAGUUUGCGUCUCAUGUGACUGUCAAGGUCACUGGGUGCUUUCGCACAGGGGCAAGCCAGACACAGAGCGCGGCGUGUGUGGUCUUAGCGCUGUUAUUUUCCAGGUUGGGCCGUGGAGUUAUCUCCCGGUGCUGCUGUACUAAUCUCUGAAAUGGACAAAUGAUCCCCGAGUCUCCCAAGGCAGGGAGAGAAGCAGGGACACCUGAUAGUCACCGUGCCCUCCCGGUGGAUACUUGCUCACCAGCCUGCCACCUUCCUUCCUUCCCCUUCUUCCUUUUGUUUGAGACAAGAUCUCAUGUAGCUGAGACUGACCUUGAACUUCUGGUCUUCCUGUUUCUAUCCCCCCCAAGCAUGCCACCAAGCCAGGCAUCCCUUUUCCUCUCCCUUUCGCUUUCCCAAGUCCCCAGGUCUUCUGUAGAAUCCCCGACUUCAGACCUCACCUUCCCACCCCGAGGCUGACCCCCUUUCUCUGCUUAGAUGAUGGCAAAGUGCUCCAGUCUUGUGAGUCUCUGUCCCUUCAGGGAAACUUUUUUUUUAACCCUUUAAAAGCUGUCAGUCUCAGCUCUCUCUGGGGCUCAUAAAGGAAGAGUUUAUUGGUCUCAAUUAGCAGUCCCAUAAAGGAAGAAAAUUGGAGUCUUAAUGAGCUUUGUCUGAUUUGCAAAAUAACACGUUUCCAGGCCUCUGGGCAUGGGAUGUGUGGGGUGAAAGUCUGCCUCCCCUGUGAAUGUUGGAUAGCGCUCCAGCCUUCCAUCUAGGUACAAAGGAUUAUGACUGACGAGUUUUUAAUUGACUCUUUCCAUUCACUGAGUUGCUUCAUUGAGGUCUUAAGAUCUACAGUGUUUGGAACCAGGCCUCUGGGGCAUGGGGCUCAGGGAGAGGUGGUGCCAGAAAAGAGGGCAGCAGGCCACUGAGAGUCACAGCAGCGGCCGCACAAAGAAAAGCACAAACCCAAGUGGAAUUGUGUGGCCAUCUCUCCCCAACAGAGUCCCUGGAACCUUCGCAGUCAGGAGCUCUGGGAUGGAGCCCGAGACGGUGCUGUGGGGCCCAGAUCUGCAGGGUCCUGAAGAGAUCCGGAACAAUGCUCACCCAGGUGCUGAAAGUGGGAAUGAAGAGGAGAGCCCUCAGCAGGAAAGUUCUGGGGAGGAGAUCAUCCUGGGAGAUCCAGCUCAGAGUCCAGAAUCCAAGGACCCACCAGAAAUGCCCCUGGAGAGCCCUUCCCAGGAUGCCUCAGCCCCUCAGGAUUCCCCAGCCACACUGGGUUCUUCCAACCCCUUAGACCACCAGACCCCUAUGGACCCAUCAGCCUCUGAGGUAGUCCCUUCCCCAUCUGAGUGGACCAAGGCCUGUGAGACCAAUUGGCAGUGGGGAACCCUGACCACCUGGAACAGCACCCCCGUAGUCACUGCCAGUGAACCCAGCCUGCGGGAGCUGGUGCAGGGCCGCCCUUCUGGGGCUGAGAAGCCAUACAUCUGUAAUGAGUGUGGCAAGAGCUUUAGCCAGUGGUCCAAACUGCUCCGCCACCAGCGCAUCCACACCGGGGAGCGGCCCAACACAUGCUCCGAGUGUGGCAAGAGCUUCACGCAGAGCUCGCACCUAGUGCAACACCAGCGCACACACACAGGGGAGAAGCCCUACAAGUGCCCCGACUGUGGCAAGUGCUUCAGCUGGAGCUCCAAUCUGGUGCAGCACCAGCGCACGCACACGGGUGAGAAGCCCUACAAGUGCACGGAGUGCGAGAAAGCCUUCACCCAAAGCACCAACCUCAUCAAGCACCAGCGGUCCCACACUGGCGAGAAGCCCUACAAGUGUGGUGAGUGCCGGCGUGCUUUCUACCGCAGCUCGGACCUCAUCCAGCACCAGGCCACACACACAGGCGAAAAGCCCUACAAGUGCCCCGAGUGUGGCAAGCGCUUUGGUCAGAACCACAACCUGCUCAAGCACCAGAAGAUCCACGCAGGGGAGAAGCCAUAUCGCUGCACCGAGUGCGGCAAGAGCUUCAUCCAGAGCUCCGAGCUGACGCAGCACCAGCGCACGCACACGGGGGAGAAGCCCUAUGAGUGCCUGGAGUGUGGCAAGAGCUUUGGCCACAGCUCCACGCUCAUCAAGCACCAGCGGACGCACCUCCGGGAGGACCCCUUCAAGUGCCCCGUCUGUGGCAAGACCUUCACGCUGAGUGCCACGCUGCUGCGCCAUCAGCGCACACACACCGGCGAGCGGCCCUACAAGUGCCCCGAGUGCGGCAAGAGCUUCAGCGUCAGCUCCAACCUCAUCAACCACCAGCGCAUCCACCGCGGGGAGCGGCCGUACAUCUGCGCGGACUGCGGCAAAAGCUUCAUCAUGAGCUCCACGCUCAUCCGCCAUCAGCGGAUCCACACGGGCGAGAAGCCCUAUAAGUGCUCGGACUGUGGCAAGAGCUUCAUUCGCAGCUCGCACCUCAUCCAACACCGCCGCACGCACACGGGCGAGAAGCCCUACAAGUGUCCCGAGUGCGGCAAGAGCUUCAGCCAGAGCUCGAACCUCAUCACGCACGUGCGCACACACAUGGACGAGAACCUCUUCGUGUGCUCCGACUGCGGCAAGGCCUUCCUGGAGGCUCAGGAGCUGGAGCAGCACCGCGUGAUCCAUGAGAGAGGCAAGACACCUGCCCGGAGAGCUCAGAGUGACAGCUUGCUAGGGCUUGGGGAUCCUGCCCUGCUGACCCCGCCACCAGGAGCCAAACCCCACAAGUGUCUGGUCUGUGGAAAGGGCUUCAAUGAUGAGGGCAUCUUCAUGCAGCACCAGCGGGUUCACAUUGGAGAAAACCCCUACAAAAAUGCAGACGGUCUCAUAGCACACCCGGCCCCCAAGCCUCUGCAGUUCCGCUCCCCCAGGUUCCCCUUUGGAGGCAAUUCACACCCAGGUGCUCCAGAGGGCAGAGCGGACCCCCCAGGACAGUCCUUGAAAGUGCCAGAGGGUCAGGAGGGUCUCAGCCAAAGGCUGGGGCCACUGUCCUCCAAGAGCUAUGUCUGUUCCCACUGUGGAGAAAGCUUCCUAGACAGGGCCGUGCUCCUGCAACAUCAGCUCACCCACGGCAAUGAGAAGCCCUUUCUCUUUCCCGAGGGUAGGACUGGCCUCGGGGAAGGGGCAGAGCCCAGUCCCUUCCUAAGUGGAAAGCCCUUUAAAUGCCCAGAAUGCAAAAAAAGCUUUGGCCUGAGCUCUGAGCUGCUGCAGCACCAGAAAGUCCAUGCGGGUGGCAAGUCCCGGAAGAGCUCGGAGCUGGGGAAGAGCUCGUCAGUGCUGCUGGAACACCUCAGGAGCCCCUUGGGGGCCAGACCCUACAGCUGCUCUGAUUGUGGGGCCUCCUUCCUCCAUCGACUAGCUCUUACCCGCCACCAGGAAACCCACACUCAAGAAAGGGCCCCCACUCCUGAGGACCCCCCUUCAGAGCCAGCUACCUUGUCCACAAACCAGGAAGAUGAGGGAGAGGCCUCUACCCCCCCAAAGAGCAGCAGCCACAGGGAAGAGGAAAGUCCUAAAACUCUCUCAGAGGAAAAGCCCUAUCUGUGCCCUGAGUGUGGAGACGGCUUCACAGAAGUUGCAGCUCUCCUCCUCCACAGGAGCUGUCACCCAGGUGUCUCCCUGUGAAGUAGGUUCGGAGACCAGGGUCCUCUCUCUCCUGAGAAAUUGUGGGGAAAGAAGGCCGACCCCAUCAGAUCAUAGAAAAGUGGAGGGUCAAGAACCCUGGGAAGAAAUAGUGCAUUUGCAUCAGCAAAGAGAAGCCUAUGAGAUUGUGGGUGGGAACCACUUACAAGCCGUAGAGAAGAACUGCUGGGUUAGAAGCCCUAUAAAUAUGUAGGAAACAAAGCCCUUUAAGUCUGUAGCAGAGAAAUCCUGUAAACCAUAGUGGGGAAAAGCCCUAUUAAUUGUAGGAAGAGGUUCUAACACGUCUCUAGACAAACCCAUAAAAGUGUAUCAAAAUCCUUAUCAGAAUCCUCGGGUGGGAGAGGUAUAGGGAAUACAGUCAGCACUGACUUGUGAGGUGCCCUGGAUGAUGGAGGAAACACCUGAACUCUUCCUAGUAUUUAUUCUCUCCCGGCAGCCUUGGCCAGAGGAAGGUCCUCAGCAGGGAGGUUGUGUGGGAUCUCAGCUGAGCUAGAAGAGAAAUGGGGAGGAAAUGACUAGGGGCUUCCAGACCCUCAGGUGGGACAAGACUCCAUUGCACUGGGGGAUUUUGGUGAAUCGUAUGUACUAAGGGAAGGAAGACUGGGGGGGGUAAGAGCCCCCCAAAAUGACAAGCCAUUUUAAGGGCUGGAGUUUGGGGUGCAUAACAAACGUUAAGUGUAAGAAUAUUGAGAAAAUGUUGAGAAACCACCUCAGCUAUUAGGGGAAAGUUAUGUUUGUUUGAAGGGAAGCAAAGCAUGGUGGAGAAACUGCAGUUGGAAGCUGGCCAGUUUCUCCUCCCCCUGGGAGCUUGUUAAACUUCAAGUGCAAGCAGAUCCCAGUUCAGGCCGUCAGGGUUCUCCUCAGACAGGCAGGACCAGCCUCUCCCCAGCCCAGCUGGGGAUGUCUACUCUGAGAGGCCUCUGGGCUUUCAAGGGGCCUCUGCCACAUUCUCAGGUCUCACAGGUUUUACCUGAAAUCUAACUGCCACAAGUCUUACUGCAGUGGUGUCCCGUUUCCUCGAAUUCUGUCCUCAGUGGAGAGCCACUCGCUGCUAGCCAACUUCCAAAGAACAAAUUCCUUCAGAGACUCCAGGCUUGUCAGUGCUUGUCCUCCCUGGACUUCUCCAGGUGCACGAGAGCCACUUGUGGGAUCUCUGUGGUGACCAGGGAUGGCAAGACAACACAAUAGACAGACAGCUUUGGUUCACCAGCAACAUGAUCUAAACCUCAGGCUUUUGUGUGAACUCGACGUAAGGCUGCCUGCAGGAUGAGCCAGGCUGCACAGGCUGGAUGUCCUGACACGGCACAGACUGGACCAGAGUCCCUGAAGAGACAAUGGAAACUUGACCACCUUCCUCAUCCCCAGUACUUGGAUGGCCUUGAGAUGGGGUGAUCAGAUUUGAUCCUGGCACUGGGAAGGGACAGACUCCACCUGAUUCUUUUGGCGUUUCUCUCCUUAGCCAGAAUCCAGUGGAGGACACGGAAGGAUGAGAACGGCUCCCCUACCACACCCAUCUCCUCCUCAGACACCACAGGCUAGACACUUCAUUAACCCAGCCAAACCUGCUCACAUGAGCUCUGGGACGGGGCAGAGACAGUUGUCCUAUAAAGUGGUUGAAGAAAAACUUGGGCAAGAAACAUCUGUAACAAAGACCCUUAAAGAUGGGAAGGACUCGCCCCCAUAUUUGGGUAGCCCAAUGCUGGCAUUAGUGACAUUCUGUCCAGAGUAGGAGGACUAAGACACCAAGUGAUAUGAUCUUUAGGAGUCCUGUGCCCAGAAGAGUGACCUGGAUCCCCAUAAAGCUGUGGGAAAGACCUCUAAUUCCAUUACCUAAAAGUUUAAAAGGUAGAGACCCAUCAUUCUUCAUCUAUCCUGUCCCCAAGUGGAUUGCCUGAAAGGACCAAAAUUGAGAAUACUGGGAGAAAAAUGCCGGUCCUCCCGGGGAGAGGGAAAAGGCAGAUCUUAUACAAUUACAGAGAGAGCCUUCCUAGAGACCCAAGUACCAGCUAGGGGGAGCACCAUGGAGUCAGGGAGGAGCCUGUCUGUAUAUUGACAGAAAUGCUGGUAAAGGGGGUAUCCCUAUAAAAUGGAGUAGAUACUCUCCUAAGUAUAAGCUGAUUCGUCUCCUUCUAAGGUGGUAGCAGAAACUAGAGAGAGAGGCAUCCUUUGUAAAACCAGGAGCAGAUUCCCUCAGACCCAGGUCUGAAAGUCUGUCACUGCUGGGGGAGGCGGUCAGUGUAACAUGGCUGUAAACUGUUGAGGACUAAGAUGUAGCAUAUGUAGCAGGAUGCUCACAUGUCCUGGAGACAAGUGAGGGCUAUGGUCUUGACUUCAGCUCUAAGUGGACCAUGUGGAUAGGUGGUGGACUGGGUUCCUGCAGGAAAAGAGCAGAGCACAGAGCUCAUGGUGAGACCUGUUCUUCUGGUCACCUCCCCCUCAGACCUAGCUACACCACAGAGGGGAUCUGCUGCAGGACCCAGAGUCCUUGUAACUGGCUCAGGAAAAGGUCUCCCAGAGUUAAGUCUGGAAGGCAUAAUGGAGCCAACUCCACACUGGGCCAGGGCCCUCAGAAGUGCCCCAGCAGCCACGGGCAAGGGGUACAAGCAUUGGAGAGGGUGGGGCUGCUUUGCCCCAAGGGGAAACCUAGAGCUGUUGUUAAGUGUGGAGGUCAGAUAGAGCUCAUAAAGGAACCGUGAAUGGGGAGAGGACUUGAAACCAUCGUGACCCCCCAGUCCGGGGGAGUGGCUCCCAGAAUCCUUUGCCCUCACAGAGGAAGCCCUGUUUUUGAGUGUCGUGUGUCAGUAACGGUGAUGUGUCCCCAGUGUCAUGUUGAGUAGUUGAAGAGAAUAAAGGGAGUCAGAUUUCC